CGGUUCCGUGCACGCGCGCGAGUAUAGCGCAAACGAAAGUCCGGCGGCGGUGGAGUCGAGAAAAGGGGGGGGGGGGAAAGCGCGUGGUGGCGCGCCGGCUGUAGCUCGGACUCUCAGUGGCACCGAUCGGCAGUUCAGUCCUUCGCUCGGAGGCUCGGCAGAUCGACCAUUGCCAAAGGAGCCCCUGCACUAGCUCGACUGACUUUGGUGUUUUCUUUCCAAUGGUACAGAAUGUUACUCGCUGGCCAGCGCACGAGGUGCAGGUGAUUUCGGUUUUCCUCUCAAUCUCAAUCUCGUAGUGAUCGGUAGUUGCUUUCCGCUUUCGUAGAGGAGGAAAGUAUUAUUCGAUUGGGAUACGUAGAUUCAGUGGAACAAGUGCGCGACGUGCGACCGAUGGUUCAGUGAACGAAACGAACGAACGACGGAGAAACGAGGACGAGAGGACGGCGAGAGGCUUUAUUUUUUUUAUUAUUUUUGUGCAAGACCGAUUCGACUCGUCGGGGCUGCACCUGACGCUGAGAUGAUGCUCUCGAUAACCUGCGUCGAUGACUUCUUAAACAAAGCUUUUCACAAGAUCGGUCUGAUAGUCGGUCGACAUCCAGCCUACUUCGUGAUAAUUCCAGUCAUUCUAGCUCUCCUUUGCUUCACGGGCUUUCAAAGGAUUCACUAUGAGAUCGACCCGGAGUAUCUGUUUUCCCCCAUCAAUGGGCCGGGGAAGACGGAAAGGGCCAUCGUGGAAGAGCAUUUCAAAUUGAACUACAGUGAAAAGUUCAGUCUCGAGAGGAUCACAAGGCCAGGGCGUUUCGGGCACGUGAUCGUCGUGCCGAAAGACGGAAACGAUAACAUGCUUCGCCGAGCGGUCUGGGACGAGCUGCGGAUCCUCGACCAGCUGAUCAAGAACGCCACAGCCGUGCACGAUGGUCAGACUUAUACCUACGACGAUAUUUGCGCACGCUGGCUGGGCGAGUGCCAGGAGAACAGCGUCCUCGAAAUGGAAUCUAUUAUCGAAUUCGUCGAGAACGGAGAGCUCAAUGUGACGUUUCCGAUAUUCUUCAAUCCGGAAUCCUUCACGGUGCACGUCUUGCCGUUGCAUUUCGGCGGAAGCGUCGUGAAGGAUGACAUCAUCCUGUCGGUGCCGGCGGUUCAGCUUGGCUACUUCAUCAACGUUGAUAGUCCACGCCUGGAUGCGAUAGGCGCAGCCUGGGAAGAAGCCUUCCUGAACGCCGUGGGCGAAGCAGAGGACAGUGGCCGGUUCAAGCACAUCAGCACGGCUCGCUUCGCCUCGCGAACUCUCGAGCUCGAGUUCGAGGCCAACACGCAAACGAUCAUCCCGUACUUCACGAGCACGUUCGCUGUGAUGGCCAUCUUCUCGGUUAUCACCUGCAUGAUGACCGACUGGGUGCGCAGCAAACCCUGGCUCGGACUCCUCGGCAACAUCUCCGCUGCUUUGGCUACGAUUUCUGCCUUCGGGCUGUGCUGCUAUCUGGGUAUCGACUUUAUCGGUAUCAAUCUCGCAGCGCCGUUCCUCAUGAUCGGAAUCGGAAUCGACGACACGUUCGUCAUGCUGGCUGCCUGGCGGAGAACCAACAUAAUGGACCCGGUGCCACUGCGGAUGGCUCACAUGCUGAGCGAGGCCGCGGUUUCCAUCACCAUCACCUCCGUCACCGACAUGGUCUCCUUCUUCAUCGGCAUCAUCUCGCCCUUCCCCUCGGUCCAGAUUUUCUGCAUCUAUUCAGGCUUCGCGGUGGUGUUCACGUUCCUGUUCCACCUGACCUUCUUCACGGGCUGCGUCGCGAUCAGCGGCUACUGCGAGCAGAAGAAUCUCCACAGCGUCGUCUGCUGUCCGGUUGAGCCUCUCUCCAAAUCAGGUCACCGAUCGUGGCUCUACCGACUGCUGUGCACCGGCGGAGUGGACCCGGACGAGCCGAACAACCCGAUCGACAACCCCGAGCACGGCUGCAUGACCUGGUUCCGGGACUACUUGGCUUGGGCGCUGAACCGACCCCUCGUCAAGCUCCUGGUCAUCGUCGUCUUCGGACUGUACCUCAGCGGAGCUCUCUACGGCCUGACCACCAUCAAGGAGGGACUGGACCGGCGCCGACUCUCCAAGGAUGACUCGUACUCCAUCACCUUUUACGAGCGCGAGGAGAAGUACUACCGAGAGUUUCCCUACAGGAUACAGGUCGUCGUGAGCGGCCAGUACGACUACAGCAACAAGACGGUCCAGAAACAAAUGGAGGAGCUCGCGGUGGCGUUGGAGAACACCGAGUACACCAUCGCCGGACAGUACACGCAGAGCUGGCUGCGCACCUUCCUGAACUACGUGGAGGACACCGGGGAGCUCAACGGGACCAUCACCGACGAGAAGAGCUUCAUCGACACGGUCAAGCGGGAAUGGCUCACGGAGACGAGCACGUUCACCCUCGACGUGGCGUUCGACAAACCAGGCGAGCACAUCGUGGCCAGUCGCUUUACGAUCCAGCCGGUUAACAUCAGCGGCACCAACAUGGAGAAAGACAUGGUCAGAAAGCUGCGCCAGAUCUGCGCGGACUCGCCGCUCAACGCCAGCGUCUUCCAUCCCUACUUCGUGUUCUUCGACCAGUUCGAGCUCGUCCGGCCCACGAGCAUCCAGUGCAUGAUCUUCGGUGCCUUGACCAUGAUGGUCAUCUCCUUCAUCUUUAUCCCCAACGUCCUGUGCUCUCUGUGGGUGGCCUUCUGCAUCGUGUCCAUCGAGUGCGGCGUGGCCGGCUACAUGGCCCUGUGGGACGUCAGCCUCGACAGCAUCUCCAUGAUCAACCUCAUCAUGUGCAUCGGCUUCAGCGUCGACUUCACCGCUCACAUCUGCUACGCCUACAUGAGCUCGAAGAAGAGAAGGCCGGAGGAGCGCGUCAAGGAGUGCCUCUACAGUCUCGGACUGCCGAUCGUCCAGGGCGCCUUCUCGACGAUCCUGGGUCUCUCAGCCCUGCUGCUCGCCGGUACCUACAUCUUCCUCGUCUUCUUCAAGAUGGUCUUCCUGGUCAUCUUCUUUGGUGCCUUGCACGGUCUCUUCCUCUUGCCCGUACUGCUGUCUCUCUUCGGACCUGGUUCUUGCACGAACUUCGACAAGGAAGACGAGAAGGAGAAGAUCUCGAAACUGCCUCAACCCUAUGUGAUACCUCACCCGACGCUCCUCUACAACCACGGCAAAGACACGAGUCCGGCCGUCAGUCUGAACGCUCUCGAAGACCGCGAUCUCGGUCUCGGCACCAGCGAGGACAGCAACUCCACGGAGAGCGGAUCCUCGCAGAGCAGGAGGAAGCAGCGCCCUGCUGAACAGAUGGAUCAGCCCCAGACGCGCUACGAAGACUGGAGAAGAUCGGUAGGAAUGCUUCCGAGCCUGUCGCAGUUCCAAACGACGCCGGCCCCACCUCCGGAUUACCCCGGUGCCCACAUUGCCGAUCUUCACCAGAGGGGCCUCAGGAAUUUCGGUUUCCUGCACCAGCCUCCCAGACCGCACCAACCACAGGUCGCCCGGACAUCGCAUCCUGGCGAUUAUCGACGUAGCCGAUCUCAGCACAACCUGAGAUAUCCCUAGACGACAUUCGAAGAGCUAGGUGUGGCAGAGAAAAGAACUGUUAAGUGAAUUUGAGUUCGGGAGGCUCUUACUAAGACUUCUUUGGACUUGAGAACAAGUCAAUUCGCAUAUAAGCUGUAAUUCUUUUUAAAGCAUGGCAAGAGUCUUCGUUGCUUACACCUUUGUUGCAGCAGCAUUAAAUUUCACUAUUUGUACAUUGUUCUCAAUAGCCUUCUGAAUAACCCCAUAAACAGCUGUUUGAUGCUACUUUGACGAUGGUUGAGGACGCGACAACGAAAACUUUUGCCAGAAAGGGAGCGUGUCCAGUGGGACCAAGGAUAAUAGAUGCUCGCGCACAACCGAUUUCAAUUAAUAUGGUCGGUAUAAAUCAAAAAACCAAAAUGUCGCGACUCGAGUCGCGAUAUCGUUGUAAACUUAGUCUUUUAUAAUAUUCAGUUGUUAUGAAAAAUGAUUAUGAUAGUGAUGAAACUCAUUCCUAUUUUUAUAUUGUUGUCAUUAUUAUUAUCAUUUUUACUGUCACUAUUUAAGUCUAGUAUUAUGUGCGAGCUUCAUAUUUAUGCAUGACUAUGAUAUACGCUAGAUUAAAUAACAAAUGAAAUCACACAUAUGAUCAUUAGAAAUAAAUCGACACUGCAUUGAAUUCAGCUUAGAGUUCGCGCUGAUCAUUGCAGGAGAAAUAUUUUUACAUGCAAAUUUUUAAAAGCAUUCAUAGCGCAAUUAUCAUUAGAAAAUUUAUCAAACAUAAUUAGUAUAAGCAAUCAAAAAUACUUUGUUCGUUAUCUGUAGGUUAUUCUGCUUUAAGUAGAUACAAUAUAAUUUUUAAAAAUGUGUAAGUAGCACAUUGUUCUGUUAUUACCAAAACCGACACAAUGUAAUGACAAUAUUUUUGUAAAAUAAAAGUUUAAAAUAAGGAUAUUUGAUAUGUUAAAUAAAAAUUAAUCGACAAUACAUCAGUCCUGGUAAUAAAUUUAUCGAUGAAAAAUUA